UGCUGCUGCCCAGCUCUGAGCUCAUCUCUGACUAACAGGGCACGGAGCAGAGCAGCGGGGAUCUUUGGGAACACAUUCUUUGCGAUUGGAACGUGAAAGGUGGCAUUUUAUUUGCUUGUAUGAAAUAAUAGCACCUGCCACUUUUUGCCCUGUGACCUACCGCCUAUGACUGAACAUUUAAUAGCAGCCUGCGAGGGAGGUGAAAACAGUGAGACUGGGCUCUGAGUAACCCAUCCGAACUUCCACUGCCUGCCACCUGUCCGAGCUCGAUGCACAGCUCCCACAGCCCUGCCUGCCGCCGCUCCAAUCUGCCCAGCAGCCGGCACAAGAGGCAGAAAGAAGUUGUCCGAGGUGGCUGCCCAGCGAAGCCGAUCACCGGCUAAAUCGGGGAAAGAAGAAGCCCUGCUGAUCCCGCGUUGCCCGACCUGCCGGCGCAGCGGCAGCCGGGGCGAGCCAGGCGGAGGCGGAGCGGAGCGGAGCGGAGGGAGCGCGCAGCCUGCCCGGGGCUGCCGAGCCUCCUCCGCGCCCGGCGGCGCACGUUGGGCGGCGGCGCCUUCCUCCUCCUCCUCAUCCUCCUCCUCCUCUCCCCUCUAACCAUCCGCCCCCACCCGGCGCUGGCGGGGGCGGCCGCCACCUGUCGCGGGCUUUGCCUCCGCCUUCCACCCGCGGAAACUUUGCUUGGCGUCAACGGGAGAGGAUGGAGCCGGGGGAGCCCCUCAACCGAUCCCAGGAGGGGGCAGAGGCGCCCCGCGGGGAGUUCAACGCUUCCGGGCUGCCGGAGGCGGAGGGGAAGCCCCUCUUCGGCAUCGGCAUCGAGAACUUCAUCACCCUGAUAGUCUUCGGCUUGAUCUUCGCCCUGGGGGUGCUGGGCAACUCGCUGGUGAUCACGGUGCUGGCUCGAAGCAAGCCGGGCAAGCGCCGCAGCACCACCAACAUCUUCAUCCUCAACCUGAGUAUCGCCGACCUGGCCUACCUGCUCUUCUGCAUCCCCUUCCAGUCCACUGUCUACGUGCUGCCCACCUGGGUGUUGGGCGCCUUCAUCUGCAAGUUCAUCCAUUACUUCUUCACCGUCUCCAUGCUGGUGAGCAUCUUCACGCUGUCGGCCAUGUCUGUGGACCGCUAUGUGGCCAUCGUGCACUCGCGGCGCUCCUCCACCCUGCGUGUCCCCCGCAAUGCGCUGCUGGGCGUCGGGCUCAUCUGGGCUCUUUCCUUCGCCAUGGCCUCACCAAUGGCUCACCACCAACGCCUCUUCCACCGCAACGGCAGCGACCAGACCUUCUGCUGGGAGCACUGGCCCAACCCGCGCCACAAGAAGGUCUACGUGGUCUGCACCUUUGUCUUCGGUUAUCUGCUCCCUCUGCUGCUCAUCUCCUUCUGCUAUGCCAAGGUUCUUAAUCAUCUGCACAAAAAGUUGAGAAACAUGUCAAAGAAGUCAGAAGCAUCCAAGAAAAAGACAGCACAGACUGUGUUGGUGGUGGUAGUGGUUUUCGGCAUCUCCUGGCUGCCGCAUCAUGUGAUUCAUCUCUGGGCUGAAUUUGGAGUUUUCCCACUGACUCAAGCCUCAUUUCUCUUCAGAGUAGCUGCACACUGCCUGGCUUACAGCAAUUCUUCUGUAAACCCAAUUAUAUAUGCAUUUCUCUCUGAAAAUUUUAGAAAGGCCUACAAACAAGUUUUCAAGUGCCAGAUAGGUAACGAAUCACCUCUGAAUGAUGCUAAAGAAAAUAAAAGUCGGAUAGAUACACCACCAUCUACCAACUGUACACAUGUGUGAACUUUAGAAUGUCCUGUUUGUUGGCUCUUCAGCUGUGUGAAUCAACAAGAGUUCUGGAAAACAAAGCACAAUGAGCUUUAUCGCAGCUUUUUCUUGAUAAAGCUAAUAGGUAUUUAAGGUAAUGAAGUUGCAUUUGUAGCAAAUGUUCAUGAAACCGGUAUGAAGGAAAACUGGGCUGGUCCUUUGUGUUGUAGCUUUGCCAAAUGAAGCUCCUGACCUUUGAAAGAUAUUUCAGAAACAAAAUGUUGUUGAUGACUUGUCUGUGUUCUUAUUCAUUAAGCAUAAUGUGCAUAAGCAUUCAAAUGUAACGUGCAAGAAGUAUUCGUCAAUACUGACAAAUCACUGAACUUUCUGACAUCUUACUCCGUAGAAGCAAAGAGAAGGCUAAAUUUUCUGACUUACAGAUAAUAAAUACUGUGGUACUACAAUUUCAGAGAGGAAAACUUUCAUUCUCUGUUCAGGUUGUUUUGACAAUAUUUUCUUCCCUUUUUAAAGUAAAGAUGGGAUCUGACUUUGAGUUAAAAUAACCCACGUGCAAUUUGAGGCAAUUGCUUUAGAGAGGCAACACUGAUUUUAUCUGUUCAGCUAUCUUUUUAAUGUAACGUAGUGAAUGAUGAUGUACUUUUUACCGCUUUGUAUGGCUGCCUUACUGCAUACACAGAACUUCUGUGUACACUAUAUAAGGUUUUGUUUAUGGCCUGUGUGAAGUUGUAUCAAAAUGAAGAUUUGUCUCAGAAAAGCUUUUCUUUAGUUGUUGCAUGUGUGUUAUAUGUGUGCGUGUGUGCAUGUUUUGUUAACUUUAUUGACUCUGAGAUGGAAGUACAGUUUUAAAUGUGCAAUAUCAAUAUAUAUUUUAAAAUAUUAUGUUCCAUAAAGAUAACCCAAGCAAUGCAUAAGUGUUUAAAAACAGCAGCCCUACAGAAGUUCUAAUAGAGGUUUGAUACAAUGUAACUCUAAAAUGGAAAAUUUUGGAAGGAUACAUUUAAAUCGGUACAAAGUAUGUAAUAUAAAUUCUAAAUAAAAAAUGGGAGGGCCUCAGUAUUUUGAGGACAUAUUGUUAGCUGGA